ACUUUUUUCAAGUUCUGGGUCGGGGGAAACAGUAGGUGAUGAUGAAGAUAGUGGUGCUGUGAUGCAAACACUAGUUAUGGGCGGUGGAGAAGGAAAUGGUGGUGGUAAAAUCUGUGGAGGAGGAGGAGGAUCAGGGGGCGGCGUUGGUGGUGUUGGGUCGGGGUUCUUUGAGAGUGAUAGCACUGACGUUUACUAUCAGAUGAUGGUUGAAGCCAAUCCUGGCAAUCCACUUUUGCUUGGCAAUUAUGCCAAGUUCUUGAAAGAGAUUAGAGGAGAUUAUAGCAGAGCAAUUCUGGCGAACCCUGAUGAUGGGAAUUUGUUGGCAGUUUAUGCUGAUCUAAUUUGGCAUAACCAGAAUGACAUUCAAAGAGCCAAAAGUUACUUUGAACAAGCUAUUAAGACUGCCCCAAAUGACUGGUAAAAAUACUUGCUUCAUUUCAUUUUCAUAUAUAUAACCACAAUUAUUCCCUCCACA